AUUAAAUAAGAUGAUAAUUGAUGAUAAAAUCUAAAAGAUCUUGAGUUCGAAUGAUUUUUAGAAAGGAAAUGAUAAAUAAAAAUUAUCAAGAUCAGAGUUUAGUGAAUAGAGUUAUAAAAGUAAUGGAACAAAUCAAACAAAGCCAAAAAAGAGAAGGGUUGUGAAAUUAAAGAAUUAAUUAUUAUCUUAACAUGUUAGUCCAGAUAUUCAGAAAUUAUAUUAUCAAUCUCAGAAAGCAGAGACUGAAUAAUAACGUGUAGGAGAAAAGAUAACAAUUGAGGAAUAAAAACCAAUAAUAUUACCAUCUAUAUAAAAGAAGGAGUAAAUUACAUCAGAAUAAUCAUCUAAAACUAAUUUGUGUGAUUUGAUAAAUAAUAUAUAGGAGAUAUUUCCACCUGAUCAUUAACUUUGGAGAGAUCUCUAAGUAGGAGAUUAAAGUAUAGAGGAAGUAAUUACAUAAAAUUAGGAUUACUUUUCGGAUUUAUUAGGUAUGAAAUACAUAAUAGUAAGCAUUGUAUUUAUAGGAAAUGGAAAUUAGAUUAUUAAAGACUAAAAAAUUGGGAUGUAAAAGUAAAUACAAUACAUAAUAUACUGAUGAUUAUAAUGAUAAAUUUAUGAAAGAUUCAACAUACAUUAAUAGAUGGAUAUAUGAGAGAGCAAAAUAAUCAGCUUCAUUUCUUUAGAAUUCAAGCACAUAUAAUGUAUACAAGAAAUUUAGUAAUAAAUAAGUAACAUUUUGUGCCUCAAAGAUAUGAAAAGUCAGAUAAUUUUAAACCUGAUCAUAUGCCUAAUUAGAAUAUUAUGUCAUGUUUGUCAUCUUACACAGCUAAUUUUAGAGAUUGGAAAAAAUAAUAUCAUGGUAUCAUUGGGCCAUUUUAUGUUUAAAGUGAUAAGAAAUUACCAUUUAUUGCUGAAACAAAUUAUUCUCGUAAUUUUGUGAGUCAGAAAUAUGAGAAAUAAGAUCCAAUUAUUCCUAAGCCAUUGUAAUUUUAAUUUGAUUAAUUUAUAUAGAGGACCAUUUCCAGUGGAUACCCAAUCUUUGAUUCGUGAAAGUACUCAUAAGACUCAAUUCUCGUUGCCAUAGAAUUUGAUGGAAAAAUAAAAACUAAUAAGUCCUCGAUAUAUGGAAAUUAAAAAUUUUGAUGGAUAUUAACCACACUUCAAUAAGUAAUAAUAAUCACCUUAAGUAAUGAAUUCGUUUGGGGAUCGAUUCUUUCAUUCUUCAAUUGUAUAGUAAUUGAUGAAAAAGAAUUAGAAACAAAUAAUCAAUUGA